AAGUCUGUGCAUUCUUUGUCCAUAGAAUAUAAAUAAAAAUAUCCGUAUUCUGAGUAACCUCUUCUUUAACGCGUUCUUUUAGAGAUUCCCAGGGAAAGAUUGGGUAGAAAUCCGUUCUUACUUUGACGGAUCGGAAUUUUUAAAGAGUUUCAACAUGGUUAACGUACCGAAGACCAGAAGGACCUUCUGUAAAAAAUGCAAGGUCCAUAAGAAUCAUAAGGUUACCCAAUAUAAAAAAUCGAAAGAACGUCAUGCUGCUAGAGGUAGAAGACGUUACGACAGAAAACAGCAAGGUUUUGGAGGUCAAACCAAGCCUAUUUUCCGUAAAAAGGCCAAAACAACAAAGAAAAUUGUGCUCCGUAUGGAAUGCAGUGACUGUAAGUACAGGAAACAAGUUCCUUUGAAGAGGUGUAAGCACUUCGAACUUGGAGGUGACAAAAAAAGGAAGGGACAGAUGAUUCAAUUUUAGUUGUAUCAAUAAAUAAAGUUAAUUAAUUAAA